CACACACACACACACCUUCCACCCAGCACACACACACACACACCUUCCACCCAGCACAGGCACACACACACCUUCCACCCAGCACAGGCACACACACACAUAGACUACUGCUUCAUAUUGAAACUCUUAAUGAGCACAUACACACAAUACAUGUACACACCGUUCAAGGACACCUCAGGUCAUGGGACAUCUCAGCAGACCCCUUUGAGACCACAUUAAGGACUCACUCACACAUCCACACACACACAGAGGACCGACUUGCUGUUCCGACAUCCAGACUGCAUUCGGCACGAGGAAGAUGCACUAACUGAGAUCACAUCACAAAAUUCUGGUGACCUGUAUCUGUGGAUGGCUACCAGUGAUUUCCUUGCCUACUGGCCAUGGUGAUGGACUUGCUCCACAGCUCCGGUCUGAGCAGCACACACUACCUGCAGACCCACUUUAGCCACAGCCAGGCUUACUUCCUCUCAGUCUCCAAGGCAACGGACCUACGCACCACCUUCUUCCUGUUGUUCCCCAUAUGGUUUCAUGUACGGCGAGCUGACGCCAUCAGACUGGUGUGGGUGGCAGUGGUGGGAGACUGGCUCAACCUGAUGAUGAAAUGGCUUCUGUUUGGAGAGCGUCCCUAUUGGUGGGUUCAGGAGACAGGCUACUACGGCAACUCCUCCCAGCCAAUGAUAGAGCAGUUCCCCAUGACCUGUGAGACUGGGCCAGGAAGUCCCUCAGGUCAUGCAAUGGGGGCUGCAGCGGUCUACUACACCAUGAUGUCAUCACUCCUGGCCACAGUGCUAAAGCAAGAAGGACAUCAAAUCAGGAAAUGGUGUGUGCGUGUCUCACUGUGGACCCUCUUCUGGUGUGUACAGCUGUGCGUUUGCCUCUCCAGGGUCUUUGUCGCUGCUCACUUCCCACAUCAGGUCAUCACAGGUGUUUUCACAGGCAUCCUGGUGGCAGAAUCUCUAAGCCGGACCCAGCAGAUCUACAAGACCGACCUGUGGUCUUACGUCCUCACCUCCCUGCUGCUCCUCUCCCUGGCUCUCCUCCUGUACCUGUGCCUCCAGCUGCUAGGCGUCGACCUCCUCUGGAGUGUGGAGAAAGCGCGGUGCUGGUGCCACCGAGCGGAGUGGGUCAGCGUGGACACCGGCCCCUUGGCCAGCUUGUUCAGAAACACCGGGACUCUGUUGGGCCUGGGCCUGGGGCUCCACUCGCCUCUGCAUGCGGUGGUGGACAGGGGGUCCGAGGGCACCACCUACCGCUCCAUCUGCUUGAGCGCAACGCUGGUGCUGCUGCAGUUAUUGGACUCUGCUCUUAGCCCCCCCGUCCAGAGCGGAGCUCUGUUCUACGUGCUGUCCUUCUGUAAAAGUGCCAUGGUGCCCCUGGCCACUGUGUCCAUCGUCCCCUACUGUGUCACCUCAGCCCUGGGACACAAAGGGAAGACGCUGCUUUGAGUCAGGUGGCCCUACAACAUGUACUGUUAUUAUACUACAUUUAGAAGUACUGUACUUCAGUACAAAUGUUGUUAUUACUUGUACUUUGAGUCUUUUCUUUUUAUGCCACUUUCUACUUCUACUGCGCUACAUUUCAGAGAGAAAAAUUCUACUUUUUACCCCUCUGACAGCUUUAGUUACUAGUUACUUUAGUUACUAGUUACUUUAGCUACUUCACUACAUACAUCUGACAGCUUUAGUUACUAGUUACUUUUGUUACUAGUUACUU